ACUGCAUGCUAUAUAGUAGAGUAUAGACCAUUCCUCAGAAAUCAGUUCCCAACACAUUAACACCCCUUUUUUAAAGCCUGCACUCUCUUUCUCCUCUCUGAAGAAGCUCAUAGCUGAAGAGAAACUGAGAAGCAUGUGGUAUUCAAGUUAUUUCUUGACUUCAUUGCUUUUGGUUGCAGUGUUCAAUGUGGCUAAAGGACAGCCUCUGGUCCCUGCAUUGUUCAUAUUUGGUGACUCUGUCGUUGAUGUGGGCAAUAAUAACCACUUAUACACCAUUGUUAAAUCAAACUUCUCUCCUUAUGGAAGAGAUUUCAAGAAUCACACUCCAACAGGGAGGUUUUGCAAUGGAAAGCUUGCAACAGACUACACAGCUGAAAACCUUGGAUUUACCACUUACCAACCAGCUUACCUCAACUUAAAGGUCAAAGGAAAGAACCUCUUGGAGGGGGCCAACUUUGCCUCAGCUGCUUCUGGCUACUAUGAUUCCACUCCCAAGCUAUAUGAUGCAAUUCCAUUGAGCCAGCAGCUGGAAUACUACAAAGAGUGCCAGAAUAUAUUGGUGGGAAUAGUAGGGCAGUCAAAUGCUUCAUCAAUUAUAUCUGGUGCUAUAUAUGUUAUCAGUUCGGGGAGCAGUGACUUUAUUCAGAACUAUUAUUUAAAUCCACUGCUUUACGAGGUUUACACUGCUGAUCAAUUCUCAGACAUUCUCAUCCAAAACUAUGCCACUUUCAUUCAGAAUUUAUAUGGACUUGGAGCAAGAAGGAUCGCUGUAACAACAUUAUCUCCAUUAGGUUGUCUACCAGCAGCCAUCACUCUCUAUGGCUCCGGCAGCAACCAAUGCGUGGCUAAACUAAACAAUGAUGCAGUUAACUUCAAUAAAAAGCUAAACACCACAUCUCAGAGCUUGCAAAAAUCGCUAUCUGGUCUCAAAUUGGUCAUCUUCGAUACCUACCAACCUCUCUAUGACCUGGUCACUAAGCCUUCUGAAAAUGGAUUUUCGGAAGCAAGGAAGGCUUGUUGUGGAACAGGGUUGCUAGAGACAUCUAUUUUGUGCAAUCAGAAGUCCAUAGGAACAUGUACCAAUGCAUCUGAAUAUGUAUUCUGGGAUAGUUUUCAUCCAUCUGAAGCUGCAAACAAGAUUUUGGCCGAUAACCUGUUGCUUGCUGGCAUCUCUCUCAUAUCCUAAUCUCGGGUCAUAUUUUCUUCGGAUUAUUUUUAAUAAAACUUAUAUGCACUACCUAGGUAUUGUUAGUGUUAUUUUUCGAUUAUGAAUUUCACAUUGAUAAUAUGUAUAAUGAAGUACUUUAUUAAAUGUUAAUGCAUGAAGUAAAACUUCAAUAAUGAUCAGAUAACAAUACUAAUAAUAUUUAUGCUUCUGUAUUGAAGUUUUGUACUUUUAAGAAUUGUGUGUACUGUUGUAUUUGUUUGUCUUAUGUAAAAGCAGCUUAAAUAUGUUCAAUUACAAUGCUCAGUGCGUGUUUUCAAGUUUCGUGUAAUAAGACCAAUAUUCCUGAGUUUUCAUGUAAAAUUUCUAUCUCGAGUAUUCAAA